AUGCAAGCUAAUUAAAAUAUUCAAGCAUAAUAAUCUGAAUCUCCUUUCUACAAUAGAAAUAAUAGAAAAUAGCUCUCAAAUGUAUAUAAUGUCUAAACAAAAAAAUCAAAAGCUUCCUUUGUAGAAAAUGCAAGUUUUGCUGCACUAAAUAAAUUAAAUUUAGCUAUAAAUAAUUAAAAAAGAAGUUCAGAAAAUUUAGAUUAAUCACCAAUAAAAAAGAAUCAAAACGAUAUUCUGGAAUAAUUAAAAUUGUUGAACAAAAUUGAUACUCUCUAAGGAUUUUAUUAAGAUGAGUCAUCUAAUAAAAAGACAUAUUUCAAAAUAAAAGUAAGGCUUAUCUUGAUGGAGAGACCAUAUUUAGGAGUAACUUUAGAGAAUUUAACAGAUAAGAGAGAAAUAGAGGAUAUUAAAACAAGUAUAAAUAAUUAAAUAACGAUAUAUUAGUAAAGUUUGAUUUAAAUGAAAAUGUAAGCUAUUGAAACAAUAAAAAUAUGCAAAUCGAUACACCCAUCCUAAAUGGUUCCGUUGCUAUCAUAAAUCAAUUUAAUGGACUAUUAGUAGGAAUAUUUGGUUAAACGCGAAGAAAGUAAAACAAAUAGGAUUAGAAAGUCUACGUUUAAUCUCAAAUCUUUAUUAAAAGAAAUUGAAGAUAUAUUUUAAAUAUAAGUGAUAUUUAAAGGUGAACUAUUGUAAAAUUAAAACUCUAUGCAAAAUAAUAGCAGUAACAAGCUCAUGUCUGCUAAUAAUUAUUAACAAAAACCCCAAAAGGAUUCACUGUUUGCUAAAUGGAAAAAUAAUUUCACUGAAACAAAUUAAAAUAUUUAAUAAAUACCUUCGUUGUAUAUUUAAAAUCAAAACUCAAGUAAUGUCUCUUUUUCCAAAGAAAAUACUUAAAAUUCUAAUAAUCAGAUGGGGAAAUUAUUUGAGGAUAUUAAUAGCGGAAAUUCGGUACUUAACGCAGUAGAUGAUCAAUUUAAUGUAAAUAAUGAUAUUCAAAAAGUAAGAUAAAUCUUAAUAGCUUUAGUUACUAAUAUGAUUACUUGGUAUAAGAUAUUAAUUGUAAAGAAACCAUCAUUCGGCGAUAAGAGCAAUAUUAAAGAAUCAUAAAUUGAUUUUUCGCCAAUUGAACUUAUUUGCACUGAAGAAUCAAAUUAAUUCUUUGAAUUUUACAAACUAAAGCUCAUACUUAAUUGUUAAGAUGCGCCUUUUAUGCCAUCAGCUGAUGACUUGCUUAAGUAUCUAAAUGGAAUUCGUGAUAUUAGAAUUAAUCAUAUAUGCAAAAGAAUAAUAAAUUUGUACGUAUAGCUUAUAGGGCCUUAUAAAAUAAGCUCUUAAGUUGCUGAUGGGAAGAUUAUUGAAAUUUCAUUUGAUCUUUUUAAAGAUUUAGAAAUAAUAGAGAAUAGAGAUUUUUCUUAAAUGUCUUAAUCACAAAUUUGUUCAUUUUAAUUAUUUACAACACCUCCAUUAACUGCUACAAGAAAUUCUAUAAAUUAAAUGUAUACCAAUUUAAAUAGUGGCUAAAGGCAAUAUAGGUAGUUCCGCCAGCGAUCCAAAAAGACAAAAACUUUAAGCAAUUCAAUUAAUUUAAACUCAUUUCAAAAGCAUCUAACUCAAAUCAAAUAAAUAAAUUCUGAUCAGUAAUAUGAAAUUUAAGAUUAAGCUAUUCAUUUUCCGAACAAAUAAUUAGGAGAUAGUGAAAGACUCUAUGGAGAAAGUAAUGAAAAUUUUGGAAAUAAUCAUGAUGCAGCACCUAUUGACCUUUCUUUAAGACAACCACAAAUAAAUCUAUAAAAUUCUAUAUUUAAUUUGAAUAGUGUCAGAGAUUCUUAGCAAUUGUACUCAAACUCACCUGAUUAAAUUACAAAUAUUGAUCAAUCUGAAGAUAUGUAUAAUUCAAAAUCCCCAGAUAUAAACUCUGCGAUGAAGACUUUAUUUAAUAGAAUCACUACAACUCCUUAAUCGAAAUAAAGACUAGUACCUAAAAAGUAAUUGAUAUAGUUUAUACAAAAAAAAUCAAAAUCAAGUACAAAUUUAGAAAAUUUAUCUGAAUCCAGCGUUUCAAACAGCGUUGGAAACAGCUAUGAUGACUAUUACAAUAAAUAAUAUAAAGAAUAAAAAAAUUAAGUGAAUGAAACUGUAAAAAAGAAUAAAAUACAUACAAUAAGCUCAAUUAAUUAACACCAAAUAUGA